UGCGUACUGUCCAUUUGUCCUACUUACGACCAAAGAUGGCUACGGGGUGUUGUGGUGUUAAAAGACAGAAAGUUUGUAGUGGUUCUAAUUGCACUAAACACUGUUGCAAUGGAUCUUCUGUAUAUCCAUCAAAUGGAAUUGACCGCAGUCUAGUUGUCUGUGCUGAGAUGUGUUGUUUUUGUUUCGAUCUUCUCUAUUGCCACCUUCACAAUCAACCCCCACCGUCUUCGGCUCCAAAAUUUGCAAACCAUUCUUUUCCUGUGUUUGUUACCUGGAAAUUUGGAAAUGAGAAGAAGCUACGAGGCUGUAUAGGAACGUUUACUGCUAUGCAGUUGCAUGAAGGUCUUAAGGAAUAUGCAAUCACUAGUGCUCUACGAGAUAGUAGAUUCCCUCCAAUUAACAAAGAAGAGCUCCCUCAACUGCAUUGCUCUGUCUCAGUAUUACGACAUUUUCAAGAUGCUAAGAAUUAUGAAGACUGGGAGAUUGGCCGACAUGGUAUACGUAUUGAAUUUACCAAUGAAAAAGGAUCUAGUAAAUCUGCAACCUAUCUACCAGAAGUUGCCUCUGAACAAGGAUGGAACCGCCGUCAAACAUUGGAGGCUCUCCUACGUAAAGGUGGCUUUAGAGGCAAGGUUACAUUAGAAUUUCUAAAAACAAUCCGUGUUGUUCGUUACCAAAGUGAAAAAUAUAAUCUUAGUUAUGAUGAAUUUUUAUCAAUGCGCCCUCGGAAUGGGCGUGUUUAAUGAUACGCAGUCACAUGGGCACCUUGCUCAGUAUCGUUGUCAUGGUGAUAUUUUUAGCUGCCGUAACAUAUGUUUGCUCAUCAUCAUUGUAAUAUUUGGAAUUUUGUUUUAUAAUAUCUUGGAGGAAAUUAUGAGACUAUAAAGCUAUUUGAAGCUACUUUUUUUAUUCACUUUUAUAUAUUCUAUAUCCUAGCUGUUUUGUGGGGAUUUUUUUUCUGCUCACAUUUUUAAUUUUCUUUUUGCAUAAUCCAUUAAAAAAUUACUUUCCAGAAAUUUAAAAAUGCUGAAAUAAGUUUUAAAUCUAAUUGAAAUUAAGAAAGUUUUAAUUCAAAUUUUUAAUAAUCAGAAUUAAAUUGUAUAAUUGUUUUAUUGAAUACUGUAAAUGUUCGAAUAAGCACCUCAUAUAUGCUGUGCACUAAUGCUUUUUUUUUCUGCUAAGCACUGCAGACAUCAUUACAUUUUGAAAAAGCAUUGCAGUGCUUGAUAGUAUGUUUUAAACAGUAGCCCUGAUAUAUGAAAACACUUAAAUAUCCAAUUUCUCACAAUCUAAAUAAUUCUAAGGUUUUAUAUCGAGACCUACCAUGGGGACACUAUUAUAUGUCCAAUUUCUCAUAAUCUAAAUAACACCAAAGCAGGACGCACUGCAUUGCCAGCCAACACGAUUAUAUGAAGAACAAGUUGUGCGUAACAGAUCCUUUUUAAUGACGCUUGCCCAUACUGCCACCAAUAUUCAGGAGACAGCAGCAAGAUAAAUUUGUCGUUCAAAAAAAUCGACCCCCAUGGUUAAGGUUUCAAAUUCAUUUAUUAAAGCUUUGAAAAGGGCUUUUUAAAACAUACAGAUAUUUUGGGCUUGUAAAUUAUAUUUCUCGCAGACUAAAUAACACUAACAUUGGUACAAGUCAGAUGGGCUUGUGUGUAAUACAUGGUACCAUUGUAGCGUUACAAUAAUUUGUAGUGUGUGCCACGUUCUAAUAGCAGAAUUGAAGCCCCCCAAAAUUUUAUAAGCGCUGCAGUGCAUAUUGGAACAUUUAUGGUAUGUACUCAUUUUAUUUAAUUAUAUAUUAAGCUUUACAUGGGCCAAUUAUUACCAACAAAUGAUAUAUUUCAGGCUCUCAACCUUGAGGUGAAGGGUUUGAAUCCAUGCUGUGAAUUUCACUUAGGCAAGGUACCUAUGGUUGUCUCUCCACUCGGGAGUACAAGUGGCUACCUGGUAUUUUCAAAUUCCAUUGGUUACUAGCUGCUACUUUUGGAAUUCUCCAAGGGAGCUGAAUUGUGUUCCAUAGGACUGUGAUCCAAUGACUAAAUGUAAUAAUGUGAAGCGCAUUUAACAACCAACAUUAUCACUUUUCAGUGUGCUCCAAUGCCAUGCUUGCCUUCCAAAUCCAGGCUUCUAUCUAGAUUCAAUUCUUGACAGCAGUAUAUUUUCUCAUUGACCAAAAACUCCACACCACCUUAGAUGUUUUUAGGAAUUGCUAUAUGUAACUUAAUUAAGUUUGCUAUAGCAGUAAUUGGCCCAUGUGCUUAAAUAAUGAAUAAAUAAAAUAUCUAAAACAAAAGACUUGUGGUCGAAGGUCGAAAAUGUUUAAACAAUUUUUAAGCCGUGUUUAUUUAAUUUAUUGCUACCUCAGUGUUUGUUGAUACGGUCAAGCAAGAACCAUGUGACUGAUUGUAUUAAGAACUCCUUAAUUUUAAAAGGAAAAUAAAAUUCACACAGUUAAGUAGGCUUACACUAAUCUUCACUUGUACACUAUAGGUAUGUAAAUUUGAAAUGUAUUUAAACAUACGUUUUUAUAUGCAUUGGUCAAAAAUAUUUUCUCAAUUUGUGGAGAACUUAAUCAUUAAUUCAAAUGUGAAUUUAUCAUCUAAAAAGAAUCUUCUAUGUAGUCAAUUCUAAGUGUAACAGUUUGUAUGCCUUUAUUGUCAUCACUGUGUUGUAACUAGUAUACAUGUAAAGAUCACUGGGAUAUCUCUGUACCAGGCAUCAAUUUUAUAUUUUGUCUCCUUAAGUUACUAGAAUUAAAGAGACACAUUGUUGGUGUCUCCUUAUGUUACUAGAAUUAAACCAAUGUCGAACUUGGGAAUAAGGGAGAAUGCAAGCCAUUGUUAUAGUGUAGAAAAUCUUGGUACAGUACAAACUUUGUCAUAAUUAGUGAUAUUUGUAUCAGUUGCUUUCACUGACUUUUCUUUGAUAGGGUUUGCUUCCCCUGAAUAUUAUAAAUAAGUUCCUUUAGUUGUCGGCUGCUAUUGUGAUAAAUAGUGGUUUUUUGGACCCUACCUAAUUUAUUAUACUGUCGGCUGCAUUUUAAAUUUAUACAGUACACCAUUUUCGCUAUAUUUGAAAUGUAAAUUUCCGAUAGCCUGGCAACAACCACUGGAGGACAUCCAGAGGCCUACGCAUUUCGUGCUACAGCAGUGCGUGGCGCUCUGUUUGCUACUAGCCAGCUAUUCAGGCUAGGCUCGGCCGUUGAAAAUCCUCCAUAAACGUUGGCGGCGCUGUUUUAAAAUAUACCUGAUAAAAUGGUGUAUUCGGAGUAGUUCUAAAGUAAUCCCCUGUGUAGAGAGAAAUGACAAUGCCAAUUGAAAAACUCAACUUGAAACACUUUUCAGUGUGUACAGUUACUUUUUUUUUAAAGCUUUCUUCAAAAACUAAAUUAGCAUUGUUUUCAAUGGGUUUUAUUAAAAUGUGAGAUAAAAAAUUGUGAAUAAUUGUACUCUGCCCUUUCAAUAGUGGGUGGUUGGGGUUGGAAUUUUAAUCUGCCGCAACUCCAUACCUUCAAAGAUAUACUGUCUGUGCUGAGAUAAGACAUAUCAGUAUAUAGAUUUCCUUACCAUUGUAUAAUAAUUAAGUUAUAGCUUUAAAUUAAUUACUUAGAAUAAGAAAAUAAUUUCUACACCAAUUAAAUGGAGUGUAAAUAAUCUAUAGUAUUGCAUAGAUCCUAAAUUGUCUGCUUGUUUGCAUGUUGAUUUUUUCCUUGUAAAUGAGCAGUUUUAAUUAAAUUCCAUAUAGCAAAAUACAUUUAACUUGGUUGUGGUGUGACAUCAUCGUGCCCAUAUAUGGACAUAUCACACACACACUUGUCACACAAAACCUGAUAGUGUAAGCAGAGCUAAAAGAUUUUGCCACAGACGGUAUAUCUUAGUUGUUACUAGUGCGGACACAUUCAUAACUCGCAAUAACUCUCAGUGUAUCCACAACAUGGAUGAAAAUUUGUGGAUUAGAUGUUUACCAAUAAGCCCAUACCCCAACAUAUUGAGGAUCAUUUUUGCAUAGCAGUUCCUCCACAGUUUAGUAAUGAUGCAAGUUACAGCUGUUUGAACUCUUAGCUUUGUCCACAAUAUCAAAUUUUCUGUGAAAAGUAUAUGAUAUGCCCAUAUAUGGGUGUGAUGAUGUCAUCCAUAUAUGAGAAAAUCAGAUACUUGUCACAUAGAUAUUUAUAGUGUGGACAGGACAUUAAACAAAAAUUGAAUUAAGAUGAAAUCAAAUACUGUACUUGCUAUUUGUUGCUCUUGUUUUGUAAAUAGCACCAUGUAUUUUGUUUUUAAAUCUGUUGUAACAAAAAGGCUGUUGUUUCCAAUGAGAAGUUAGUUUACAAUCGUUUUACAUUUCUUUUUUGUCUAUGAUAUGUACAUUAGAUAAGUAGUUUGUGUUUUGCUGAACUUUUAAAUCGUGUUUGAAUGCUGCUUUAUGUUAGAUCGAAUACCAAUGUUAACAAUUGUAAUAUUUUUAUCCCAAAAAUACUAAAGAAUAUUGAAUAUACUGUAUUUUCAGUUUAACUGACCAUGCUAACAAAGUUUCAAGUGAUGUUGACAUGUUUUAUAUAUCUAGUUACUGAGGUUAACUAUUAUGUUAUUGUAUUUAACCGUGGCCGCUUAGAUUGGGUGAAGACACUUAAUUUGUGAAAGAGACUGUACUGAAGUAGAAAGAAUAAUAAGUAAUCUGCACUCUCAAAGGGUAAACAAUUUUUUAUUAUUUUUUUGCAACGUUUAGUGUUCAUUAUUUGCGGGUGGUUUGAAAUUAACAUUUACAUCGGUGUAAAAUGUAAGCUUUGUGUAUUUCUCACCACAUGGCACAUCAUCAGAGUGUAUUAAAAUAUUUCCACUGUACAUUUUCUCAAACCCCUGUCCAGUUUGUUAUAUUUCAGUACUCAUAAAGAGUUAAUAUUUUGGAUCUGCAUUGCCAUGGUGUUUUAGUAACUUUUACCAAACGUGUGUGUAUGCAUUCUCUUGAUAUUAACCACCACUUCUGUUGUUCAUCACAAGCCAACUAUUACUCUUUACUUACCAGUAUAAAUUUUAGUUUAAGUUCCAUUAUAGCUUCACAAAAUUUCAGUACCGCUAACAUGUACGUGAAUAGGGACCACCUUAUCUCAAUAUGUUGCUUUAAUGCAAACCAUAGAAAAGGAAUGUUUUGUUGUAAAAGUAAUUACAAAAAGUAUAUAUAAUGGCAAAUAAUUUAAGAUACAAAAAGGAAAAUAAGAAAAAUUCUGGAAAAAAAAAUCUUAAAAAAAAAAAGAAAACUCUUAUAAACAGAAUAAUCUUAUCUUUUUGAUUUUGUAUUAUAUUUGUUUAGAUUUAAUGUAAUUCAUUUUUAGUGAUAAAUUGAAUUUGUAUGUUUAGUAUAAAUGGCAUGAAUAAAGAUGGCGUAUAUUCUGGAAAAUUUA